ACAACAAAUAUCAAGUAAUCGAAAUGGCACCGCACGCAGAAGAAGUAGUCGGCCAGGCCAAUGGGUUCGGGACCAGCACCGCUCCUGCCAAGGAUCUCUUUACUGUCAGCUCUUCCAACGUGGAAUACACCGAGGAUACCAUCAAGUCCAAGUACACUUACCGCACGACCGACGUCACCCAGAACGCCGAGGGCAAGUAUGUGGCCAUUCCCAAGGAGACCCUGUAUGACUUCAAAGUCGACCGCAAGAUCCCCAAGACUGGUGUCAUGCUGGUCGGUUGGGGUGGUAACAAUGGUACCACUGUAACUGCCGGUAUCAUUGCCAACAAGCGUAACCUCGUCUGGGAGACCAAGCAGGGACAGCGCGGCGCCAACUACUACGGAUCCGUCAUCAUGAGCUCUACCACUAAACUGGGAGUGGAUAGCAAGACCGGCAAGGAGAUCUAUAUCCCCUUCCAUGACCUUCUGCCCAUGGUUCACCCAAACGACCUCGUUGUGGGUGGUUGGGACAUCAGCGGCAUGAACCUCUCUGAGGCCAUGGACCGCGCCAAGGUGCUCUCGCCCUCUCUCAAGUCCCUGGUCCGCAAGGAGAUGGGUGCUAUGAAGCCUCUGCCCAGCAUCUACUACCCGGAUUUCAUUGCCGCCAACCAGGAGGAGCGCGCUGAUAACAUCCUUCCGGGUAGCAAGGCUUCCAUGGCCCAUGUUGAGCAGAUCCGCAAGGAUAUCCGUGACUUCAAGUCUGCCAAUGGUCUGGACAAGGUGAUUGUGCAGUGGACCGCCAACACAGAGCGUUACGCCGAUAUCCUUGAGGGUGUGAACGACACUGCCGACAACCUGAUGAAGUCCAUUGAGACUGGCCACGAGGAAGUCUCUCCUUCUACCGUCUUCGCCGUCGCCUCCAUCCUUGAGGGCGCUCCUUUCAUCAACGGCUCUCCCCAGAACACUUUUGUUCCGGGUGCCAUCGAGCUCGCCGAGAAGCACAACGCCUUCAUUGGUGGUGACGACUUCAAGUCUGGCCAGACCAAGAUGAAGUCGGCGCUUGUUGACUUCCUGAUCAACGCCGGUAUCAAGCUCACUUCCAUUGCCAGCUACAACCAUCUCGGCAACAAUGACGGCAUGAACCUCAGCUCUCAGAAGCAGUUCCGCUCCAAGGAGAUCUCCAAGUCUAACGUGGUUGACGACAUGGUCGCUGCGAACACGGUGCUUUACAAAGAAGGCGAGCACCCUGACCACUGCGUCGUCAUCAAGUACAUGCCCUCUGUUGGAGACGACAAGCGCGCUCUCGACGAGUACUAUGCUGAGAUCUUCUUGGAUGGCCACCAGACUAUCAGUCUGUUCAAUGUCUGCGAGGACUCUCUCCUUGCUUCUCCAUUGAUCAUUGACUUGGUCCUCGUUGCUGAGAUCAUGACCCGUGUCCAGUGGAAGGCACACAGUGCUGAGGCCUCCGACGACAAGUACUCUGGCUUCCACAGCGUUCUCAGUGUUCUUAGCUACAUGCUCAAGGCUCCUCUUACUCCCACCGGCACUCCUGUCGUCAACGCUCUUGCCAAGCAGCGCGCUUGCCUCACCAACAUCUUCCGCGCCUGCGUCGGUCUUGAACCUGAGAACGACAUGACUCUAGAGCACAAGCUAUUCUAGAGGACGUGCACUCAUGCUGUCAACAUGCUGAUGGUGUGUUCGGCUACAUGGGUUUUCGCGGUGGAGACGAUUAAUUAAUUUGAUUGUCACUUAUGACUAGCUCUAUACACUCAUUACAAACAACAACAAUGAAAACCGAUUCGGUCGAA